UCAUGUUUGCCUCUCUGUUCUCUCCUGCAGAUGGAUGGUUUCUAGCCUGCUUCCAAACCCCACCUCGGCUGAGUGUUGGGCGGCCCUUCUACACGAUCCUAUGACUCUUGAUAUGGACGCAGUCCUGUCAGACUUUGUUCGGUCCACGGGGGCAGAACCUGGUCUGGCCAGAGACCUGCUGGAAGGCAAAAACUGGGACCUGACGGCCGCUCUGAGUGACUAUGAGCAGCUCCGACAGGUGCACACAGCCAACCUGCCGCCUGUGUUCAACGAGGGCAGGUGCCCCAAGCAGCCCGAGCGAGAGCACCCCCCACCUACGCACAUGGCCGAACGGCCCUGCCCGCCCAGGCAAGACGACAUCGCCCAAGAGAAGCGGCUCUCGCGCGGGAUCUCCCACGCCAGCUCAGCCAUCGUGUCCCUGGCGCGGUCCCACGUGGCGAGCGAGUGCAGCAGCGAGCAGUUCCCACUGGAGAUGCCCAUCUACACGUUCCAGCUGCCAGACCUGAGCGUGUACAGCGAGGACUUCCGGAGCUUCGUGGAGCGAGACUUGAUUGAGCAGGCGACCAUGGUGGCUCUGGAGCAGGCGGGUCGCCUGAACUGGUGGUCCACCGUGUGCACGAGCUGUAAACGGCUUCUUCCUUUGGCCACGACAGGGGACGGGAACUGCCUUUUACACGCUGCCUCACUGGGAAUGUGGGGCUUUCACGACCGGGACCUGGUUUUGCGGAAAGCUCUCUACACCAUGAUGAGGACAGGGGCCGAGAGGGAGGCCCUGAAGCGAAGAUGGAGGUGGCAGCAGACGCAGCAGAACAAGGAGGAAGAAUGGGAGCGAGAGUGGACAGAGCUGCUGAAGCUGGCCUCCAGCGAGCCACGCACACACAUCAGCAAGCACGGCGGCUCGGGCGGGGGCGUGGACAACGCCGAGGACCCUGUGUACGAGAGUCUGGAGGAGUUCCACGUUUUCGUCCUUGCCCACAUAUUAAGGAGGCCCAUCGUCGUUGUAGCAGAUACGAUGCUGAGGGACUCAGGAGGGGAAGCAUUUGCUCCAAUCCCCUUCGGAGGGAUUUACCUGCCCUUGGAGGUGCCUCCCAACAGAUGCCACUGCUCACCUCUGGUUCUUGCCUACGACCAAGCGCAUUUCUCUGCCCUUGUGUCCAUGGAGCAGAGAGACCAGCAGAGAGAACAAGCCGUGAUCCCCCUGACGGAUUCAGAGCACAAGCUGUUGCCUCUGCACUUUGCGGUGGACCCCGGGAAGGACUGGGAGUGGGGGAAAGACGACAAUGAUAACGCCCGGCUGGCCCACCUGAUCCUGUCGCUAGAAGCCAAGCUGAACCUUCUGCACAGCUACAUGAAUGUGACGUGGAUCCGGAUCCCCUCUGAGACCCGGGCCCCUCUGGCGCAGCCGGAGUCCCCGACGGCCUCGGCGGGGGAGGACGUGCAGUCCCUGCCCGACUCGCUGGACUCGGACCGCGACUCGGUGUGCAGCAACUCCAACAGCAAUAACGGCAAGAAUGGCAAGGACAAGGAGAAGGAGAAGCAGCGCAAGGACAAGGACAAGACCCGCGCGGACUCUGUGGCCAACAAGCUGGGCAGCUUCAGCAAGACGCUGGGCAUCAAGCUGAAGAAGAACAUGGGCGGCCUGGGCGGCCUGGUGCACGGCAAGAUGGGCCGCGCCAACCCCGCCAGCGGCAAGCACAGCGACCCGCCCGAGCGCGGCAAGGAGAAGAAGGCCAAAGCGCGCAAGGGCAGCAGGGAGGAGUCGGGCGCCUCGGCCAGCACGUCGCCCUCGGAGAAGACCACGCCGUCGCCCACGGACAAGACGGCGGGCGCGUCGCCGGCCGACAAGGGCGGCGGGCCCCGCGGCGACGCCUGGAAGUACAGCACGGACGUGAAGCUGAGCCUCAACAUCCUGCGCGCCGCCAUGCAGGGCGAGCGCAAGUUCAUAUUCGCCGGCCUGCUGCUCACCAGCCACCGGCACCAGUUCCACGAGGAGAUGAUCGGCUAUUACCUGACCAGCGCGCAGGAGCGCUUCAGCGCCGAGCAGGAGCAGCGGCGCCGCGACGCCGCCGCCGCCGCCGCCUCCACGGCCAAGCGGCCGCCGCGCAGGCCAGAGGCCGAGGGCGCGCCGGGCCCCGAGCGCGCCUCGCCGGGCCCGCCGGCCGGGCCUCCCACGCAGCUGGUGCUCAAGCUCAAGGAGCGCCCGAGCCCCGGGCCGGCGGCGGGCGCGCGGGCGGCGCGGGCAGCGGCGGGCGGCGCGGCCUCCCCGGGCCCCGGCGGCGGCGCGCGACGCGCGGGUGCCAGCGGACCGGUCCCGGGCCGCAGCCCCCCAGCGCUGGGGCGCCAGAGCGUCAUCCACGUGCAGGCGGCGGGCGCGCGGGACGAGGCGUGCGCCCCGGCCGUGGGCGCGCUGCGGCCGUGCGCCACGUACCCGCAGCAGAACCGCUCGCUGUCGUCGCAGAGCUACAGCCCGGCGCGCGCCGCUGCCCUGCGCACCGUCAACACGGUCGAGUCGCUGGCGCGCGCCGUCCCAAUAACCCUGCCCGGAGCGGCGGGGGCGGCGGGCGCGGCCGAGCCCAAGUCGCAGACCUACACCAACGGCUUCGGCGCGGCGCGCGACGGCCUGGAGUUUGCCGACGCCGACGCGCCGGUCGCGCGAUCGAACGGUGAGGGCGGCGGGGGCGGCCUCGGCGCGGGGCCGGCGCAGCGGCGCUGCCAGCGCGAGAACUGCGCGUUCUACGGACGCGCAGAGACCGAGCACUACUGCUCGUACUGCUACCGCGAGGAGCUGCGGCGGCGGCGCGAGGCGCGCGCGGCCCGGCCCUGAGCGCGCGCCGCGGCCCCGCCGGCUGGGCUGUCCUCUCCACGCUGUUGGUGUCUCCUCCGCGCCCUGGUCCACCGGGAGGCCGGCGAUCCUCUGUCCGUGCUGUGUACGUGUUUGGUCAAACGUUCCUAAUGGUGCCUGAACCUACACUGACGCCACUCAGGUAGUAGACGGAUAGGAAACAAGUCAUACUGUUGGAAGUGGGUGUGCUAGCUAGCAUCUGCCUCGUACCUGUGGAAACUCAAUAGCCAUUGCAAGGGUAUUUUUGUUCUUCAAUAAGAGAAAUAAAGAAUUUGCAGCCCUUUGUUUUUA